AAUGAAGAGUUACAUACUUACAUUUCACAUUAAGUAGUGCUUGCUAAACUGUCUUCUGCCUUUUCAAGACCAAAACAAGGAAACUAAAAAUGGAUCAAUCCCAGAAUGCGAGCCAUCAAGCUGGCCAAGCCAUGGGACAAGCUCGGGAGAAGGCAAGCAACAUGAUGAACAGUGCAGGCAAUGCUGCUCAAAAUGUCAAAGAAUCCUGCCAAGAGACUGGCCAGCAAAUGCAGCAAAAGGCACAAGGGGCUGCUGAUGCUGCCAAGAAUGCAGUUGGGGCUAACAAAUGAAUCUAGUUGACUGGAUAUCCCUCAAAGUGGCUAUUUAUGUCUUUCAAUUUUUGGUUUUUGGGCUUUAUUUAUGCAUUGAUAUGCUUUUGCUUUUGGCAUUUUUUCCCUUUUCAUCAGACGGAUUAAUGUGACUGGUUGUGUACCAGCCACUUGAGGGCCUUGUUUGUUACUAGUAGUAUAUGUUAUUGAAAAUCUAUUUUCACAUUAUCAAUAAAAAUUACACGUUUCCAUGAAA